UCCGAAACUAUUGAUGCAACUGUAUUUAGAUUCCGAACUAUUGAUGCAAUUGUGGUUAGAUUCCGAACUAUUGAUGCAAUUGUAUCCAGAUUCCGAACUAUUGAUGCAACUGUAUCCAGAUCCCGAACUAUUGAUGCAACUGUGUUUAGAUUUGGAACUAUUGAUGCAACUGUGUUAGAUUCAGAACUAUUGAUGCAACUGUGUUUAGAUUCCGAACUAUUCAAGCAACUAUUCCGAACUAUUGAUGCAACUGUGGUUAGAUUCCGAACUAUUGAUACAACUGUAUUCAGAUCCCGAACUAUUGAUGCAACUGUGUUUAGAUUUGGAACUAUUGAUGCAACUGUGUUAGAUUCCGAACUAUUGAUGCAACUGUGUUUAGAUUCCGAACUAUUCAAGCAACUGUGUUAG